CAAAUAGCCCCUGCAUUGUAAACCGUUGCUGUGCUGUGUCUGGUGAAUGCUGUAAUAUUUGCACUCUCCUGCUAGUUCCAUCCAGGUUUUCUGCAGAGCUGGAAUGGGAGUGACCCAGUGGAAUACACUUUAGACUAGCUAAACACUCAGAAACCCAGGGCACUUGAUGACAAAUUACCGGUCAGAGGAUUGAAUGCUUUGUUUCGAAAAAAAACUAAAAGCAAGAUUAUAAAAUGGCUGAAGAAGGUCUUUUGCAGGAGAUUUUCACUUCUCCUUUAAAUAUAUGUCUUUUGUGUCUCUGUUUGUACCUACUGUAUAAAAUAGUCAGGGGGGACAAACCUAGAACAUCAGAUGAAGAUAAAGAAGAACACUUGCCCAAAAUGAAAAAAAGAGACUUCACUUUGGCAGAACUUAAAGAAUUUGAUGGCGCGCAAAAUCCCCGGAUUCUGAUGGCAAUAAAUGGCAAGGUGUUCGAUGUUACCAGGGGGAAGAAAUUUUAUGGGCCAGAGGGACCAUAUGGGGUGUUUGCUGGCCGUGAUGCUUCAAGAGGUCUAGCCACAUUUUGCCUUGACAAGGAAGCUUUAACUGAUACUUAUGAUGACCUCUCUGAUCUAAAUGCUUCGCAACGGGAGACUUUAAGUGACUGGGAAUCCCAAUUUUCAUUUAAAUACCACUAUGUUGGGAAGCUUCUGAAGGACGGAGAGGAGCCCAGGGAAUACACAGAUGAAGAAGAUUCCUCAGACCUGAAGAAGAAAAACUAAAAUAAUUCUGGCUUAAAACUUCAAAAAGAUUUUGUAACAUUCCAGAUAGUUAUUGCAAAUUUAAAGCAUGUUCUGUUUAUUCAUUAAUCAGUGGGUUGUGAUGAGUUGAGAACACAAAUCUUAAUGAAGUGAUUUUUGGACAUAGACACUGCCCCUUGCAAAUGAGAACAAUGGGCGUUUCUAAACUUUUUUUGCAAUCCCCACAUCUCUAAUG